AUGUCCGACGAAGUCGUACUCCCAAUUCCUAAUCUAAACAUCCCACAAAACCUCUUCGUGCUAUCCAACCCCGCCUUCCAGCACCUGCACGAAAAUGCGCGGAAAGAGCUCCUUGAAGGCAUCAAGGCAGAUCAGAUGGGUCCGUACUACCGAAGUAUAACAGCAGCGUCAUCAGUAGUGCCAUUGGACCAGACACUUUUGGAGGAGAUGGAGAAGGCGAACGAAGAAGAGCUGAAGAGACUGGAUGAAAGAUUGGCUGAGGCGCAGAAGACAGAGGGCGAGUCAGAGAUUUCUGAUGCCCUGAAGGCGAGGGCGAACUAUCUUACGCGGAUAGGAGACAAGGAACGGUCUCUAGAAGCCCAGAAACUUGCGCUUGAAAAGACGCCAGGUCUGGGCUCACGGAUCGACAUCGUCCUGACGAUCGUCCGCAUUGGAUUUUUCUUCAGCGACACUAGCAUCGUCACGGCCAACAUGACUAAAGCCGAGAAGCUGAUCGAUGAGGGAGGCGAUUGGGACCGCAGGAAUCGCCUCAAAGUAUACAACGGCCUGCAUCUGAUCUCCAUCCGGCAAUUCAAACGCGGAGGUGAACUUCUACUGGAUGCCCUAUCCACUUUCACCGCAACCGAGCUCCUCAGCUACAACUCCUUCGUCGCAUACACCGUUAUCGCCAACUCUCUUAACCUCUCUCGCGUCGACCUCAAAAAACGCCUCAUCUCUGCCCCCGAGGUUAUCCAAGUCCUACCAGACCUUCCUGUGCUCGGCGACCUAGUGAAAAACUUGUACGAUUGCCGCUACGACAAGUUCUUUGUGGCGCUGGCGACCCUCGAACAGACCCAUCUCAUCCCGUCUCGCAUCCUCUCGCCACACGCACGCUACUACGUGCGCGAGAUGCGGAUACUCGCAUACUCGCAGCUGCUCGAGUCGUAUCGCAGCCUGACGCUCGAGAGCCUCAGUGGAGCGUUCGGCGUGAGCAUCGAAUUCGUGGACGCUGAACUGUCACGGUUCAUCGCCAGCCGCCGGCUGCACGCAUCAAUCGACAAGGUGCACGGUGUGGUGGAGACAACGAGGCCAAGCUUGAAGAAUGCGAAGUACGAGCAGGUCUUGAAGAAAGGGGAUGUAUUGUUGAACGAAGUGCAGAGAUUGAGCAAGGUGUUGUACUAG